CAAUCUCGUCCUUCUCACCCUUGAGAGCCAGCAUUCGAGUACACAAUCGUCACAAUGUCACAUCGCGGCGAAACCCUCCAUCGAGAUGUCUGCUGUAUUGAUGAUCUCAAGAAAUUGGCUUCUAUGAAGCUCACCAGAAUGGUGCGAGAUUAUUAUAACGAGGGUGCCAUGGACAUGAUCACCCUGCGAGAAAACGAGUCUGCCUUUGACCGCUACAAAAUCCGUCCCCGGAUCCUCGUCGACGUCGACAAUAUCGACACUACCACCGAGAUCCUCGGAAGCAAGGUGUCCCUCCCCUUCGGUUUCAGUCCUGCUGCCUCGCACAAGCUCGCGCACCCAGAUGGCGAGCUCGCGACCUCGCGCGCCGCCGCAAAGUUCGGUAUUUUCAUGGGUUUGUCUUCAUAUGCGACGUGUUCAUUGGAAGACGUUAUCGCCCAGGGUCUGGAGAACCCCUACGCGAUGCAGAUGUGUGUGUUGAAGGAUCGAUCGAUUACGAUUCAGUUGCUGGACCGUGCAGAGAGUACGUACCUGGUACUUAGCAAUUGCAAUGAUGGGAGAGAGCUAACCAAACGUGCAGAGGCUGGUUACAAGGCACUGUUCCUGUCUGUGGAUGUGCCCGUGCUUGGAAAACGAUUGAACGAGUAUCGCAAUGAGUUCCGUAUCCCGGAGGAUAUGGAGUACCCCAACAUUCUCAGCAGUGGAGGCGAUACCUCUGACCGAACCGAUUAUGAUCCGAGCCUGGAUUGGGAAACGGCGAUUCCCUGGCUGCGAAAGCAUACCCGGCUGCCGAUUUGGCUCAAAGGAGUUUGCUCCCCCGAGGACGUGGAAUUGGCCAUCAAGCACGGUGUUGACGGAAUUGUAAUCUCCAACCACGGUGGUCGUCAGCUUGACGGUAUGCCGUCAACUCUCGAUGCUCUCCGAGUAUGUGCGCCAGUUGCUCGAGGACGGAUCCCGAUCACCAUUGACGGUGGUAUUCGUCGGGGUUCGGAUAUCUUCAAGGCGAUCGCGCUGGGAGCCAGCUAUUGUUUCCUGGGUCGGGUCCCUAUCUGGGGUUUAGCCUAUGAUGGACAAGAAGGUGUUGAAUUGGCGAUCAAGAUUCUGCGCCAAGAAUUGCGGAUUACCAUGGCGUUGGCAGGAUGCCGCACGAUCAAGGACAUCCAGAAGAGCUAUCUAUCGGUCCUACAGCCUGAUGGCAUUCUGGCCAAGUUGUAAAUUAAUGAUGCAUCAAGCGUAUAUCAUUGUUUUUUGAGCACACAUUGUACAUAGAAGCCCGGCCUUGUCCUCUCCUUAACGAGUCAACAGUUCAACCCGUCAGCCCCGUGAUCCGAACAUCCGAUCAGGUGGACUGCCAAGAGUCUUGGCACCUCGCUCGCGGUGGUCCACACGGUUAGGGCUGACGGGGAUUCCCCUCGCACAGUUUCACUUGACUGUACCAUGGGUUGCUGCCACUAACCACGGCAGAGGAGCGGAUUCCGUCAUUAGAAUAGAACAAAUAUUUACCCGACUUUCCAUUCAUGGUGGCUGAUGAUGCAAGAAGAAAUAGAAAUAGAAAUCGUUACACGUACGUGUUUGAGGCUUGUUUCGAUCUAAGCCUCGGUUCUGUGGCGGUGUACUUUGUGUUCCAGAACUUCCUCGUCGUUUUGUAUGGCGGAGUUUCCUG